GCUGCCGGCCAAUGAGCGUCAGAGAAGAAGAGCCAGGUGUAAACAUGGAGCAGUGAAGACAGGAGAGGAAACGACAUGCUUCAACAUAUCUUUCCCGUUUUAUGUUGAAUUAUGACCUAAAGAGGGAGAAUCUCGAUACCUUGCAGGCAGAUCUGAGGACAGCUAAGGAUGAUGUUUCGUCUCCAGCUCCUCCAGCUCCUCCAGUCUGGAGCUCCAGCUCCCCUCGUCUGCCGUCAGAUCCACAAACUGGCCUCGCUUCAGAAAGCAACGUCGCUGCCUCCCAGAAAGAUGCAGAGCUUGCUGUACCCCUUCAGCGGCCUGGAGGUACACCUGGACAGGUCGGUGGACAGGAUGCAGUUUCAGCUCUUUCACCCCUCUGUGGAGGACAUGAUGGAGGCAGAGAAGCUCUACUGUUCUUCACCGUCUCAUAAGAUAGAUUACCACAUCUCUGCGGUGAGGUUGGACCACGCUCCUGCUCUGACGCAGCCAGAGGUGUGUUUCAUCGGCAGGAGCAACGUGGGGAAGUCGUCUCUCAUCAAAGCUCUGUUUUCCCUCGCUCCGGAGGUAGAAGUCCGGGUCUCCAAAACUCCAGGCCACACCAAGAAGAUGAACUUCUUCAGAGUGGGAAAAGCUUUCACCCUGGUGGACAUGCCGGGUUACGGUCACAAAGCGCCCGGAGACUUCGUCGACAUGGUGGAGCCGUAUCUUUACACCAGGAAAAAUCUGGUGAGGACCUUCCUGUUGGUGGAUGGCAGCGUUGGUCUCCAGAAGGCUGACCUGAUCGCCCUGGAGAUGUGUGAGGAGACCAGAUCUCCAUAUGUGAUGGUGGUGACGAAGAUCGAUAAGUGUGGACAGGGAGCUCUGUUGACGAACCUGCUGAGUCUUCAGGAUGUGGUUAAACAUCAGACCACAAGCUGCUUCCCCCAGCCCUUUCUGAUCAGCUCUGUUCAUUAUUGGGGUAUCCAUCUACUGAGAUGCUUCAUUGCUCAUGUGACAGGGAGCAUCAGGCUGAAGAACACCUCCAAAAGUGGAUCAGACACCAGUCGUGUUCACUGAGGAGGAAAUGGGACCUGGCAGAUGUUUUCUCUGUUUGUUAACUGUACAGAUAUCGUAAAUUAUGACAUGUCGGCCACUGCUCUGGUCUUGUUUUCUAAAAGAAAUAAAGUUUUUGUUUAUAUUUGAUU